AACAAACCGAUAAUAAAACCUUUAUAUUUCGUGUUCAAAUAGCUCACUUUUACUUUGCUUUUUUUCCAUCAAAUAUCUUAAACAAAUAUUUUAUUUUAUUUUUCAAAAAUAAAAAAAGAGAGAGUUUUGAAUUUCAAGAACAGGAAAUAUGGGAGAGGAAAAAUCAGUGAUGGUGUUUGGAAUAGAAGAUAAUCAACAUAGUUUUUAUGCAUUAGAAUGGACUUUAGAUCAUUUUUUUACUAAUUAUAAUACUAAUUCUGAUUUUAAACUUGUAUUAGUUCAUGCUAAGCCAACUCCUGCUUCUAUCAUUGGUCUUGCUGCUGGUCCUGGGAGUGUGGAAGCUUUUUCAGCCAUAGAGGCUAAUUUAAAGAAAAUUGCCGCAAGGGUUGCGGAGAAAGCUAUGGAGAUAUGCAAAGCAAAAUCUGUGAAUGAUGCUGUAGUUGAGGUUGUGGAAGGUGAUGCUAGGCAUGUCCUUUGUGAAGCUGUAGAGAAAUUUCAUGCCUCUGUUUUAGUUGUGGGUUGUCAUGGUUAUGGAGUUAUAAAGAGGACUGUUUUGGGUAGUGUAAGUGACCACUGUGCCCAUCAUGCCCACUGCAGUGUGAUGAUUGUGAAGAAGCCAAAGAUUAAAUCUUGAAUUGUUUCUUGGUAUUUGAUUAUUGUCCAAGUGAAUAAAUUUUAGAGAUUACAAAUAUGUGAUCAAUAUCAUCAACUCCAGGAGGAAAGGAAACUGUGUAUUUCUUUGAUUUCUGGACUCAGUUGAUUUGUAGUUGUUGUGUAAGAUGUUGCAAAAAUACUUCAGUCUUGUGUAGUGAAUCACAAUGUAAUGUAUGAAAUAAGAGAAAAAUGAGAGUUUUCCCUUU